AUGUUUUUAUUUUUCUCAAUAGGAAUUUUAAAUUGUUGUGUGGCAUACAAUGUUGGUCUCCCAGAAGCAAAAAUAUUUUCCGGUCCUUCAAGUGAACAGUUUGGCUAUGCAGUGCAGCAGUUUAUAAAUCCAAAGGGAAACUGGUUACUGGUUGGUUCACCUUGGAGUGGCUUUCCUGAGAACCGAAUGGGAGAUGUGUAUAAAUGUCCUGUUGAUCAAUCCACUGUUACUUGUGAAAAACUGAAUUUACAGACUUCUACCAGCAUUUCAAACGUUACUGAGAUGAAAACCAACAUGAGCCUCGGAUUGACCCUCACAAGGAACAUGGGAACCGGAGGGUUUCUCACAUGUGGUCCGCUGUGGGCACAGCAGUGUGGAAAUCAGUAUUACACCACUGGAGUUUGUUCUGAGGUCAGUCCCGAUUUUCAGCACUUGGCCAGCUUUUCACCUGCAGUUCAGACCUGUCCUUCCCUCAUAGAUGUUGUGGUUGUAUGUGAUGAAUCCAACAGUAUUUAUCCAUGGGAUGCAGUCAAGAAUUUUUUAGAAAAAUUUGUACAAGGCUUGGAUAUAGGCCCCACAAAGACACAGGUGGGGUUAAUUCAAUAUGGCAAUGAUCCAAGAGUUGUAUUUAACUUGAAUACUUAUAAAACCAAAGCUGAAAUGAUUGAAGCAACAUCCCGCACGUACCAACAUGGUGGGACACUCACAAAUACAUUCAAAGCAAUACAAUAUGCAAGAGAUUUUGCUUAUUCAGCAGCGGCUGGCGGACGCCCAAGUGCUACCAAAGUAAUGGUGGUUGUCACUGAUGGUGAAUCACACGAUGGUUCAAUGUUGAAAACAGUAAUUGAUCAAUGCAACAAUGACAAUAUACUGAGAUUUGGCAUAGCAGUUCUUGGAUACUUAAACAGAAAUGCCCUUGAUACUAAAAAUUUAAUAAAAGAAAUAAAAGCAAUUGCCAGUGUUCCAACAGAAAGAUACUUUUUCAAUGUGUCUGAUGAAGCAGCUCUACUAGAAAAGGCUGGGACAUUAGGAGAACAAAUUUUCAGCAUUGAAGGUACUGUUCAAGGAGGAGACAACUUCCAGAUGGAAAUGUCUCAAGUGGGAUUCAGCGCAGAUUACUCUCCUCAAAAUGAUAUUCUGAUGCUGGGUGCAGUGGGAGCUUAUGGCUGGAGUGGCACUUUUGUCCAGCAGACAUCUCAUGGACAUUCUAUCUUUCCUAAAGAAGCCUUUGAGCAAAUUCUGCAAGAUAGAAACCAUAGUUCAUAUUUAGGUUACUCCGUGGCUGCAAUUUCUACUGGAAAAAAUACCCACUUUGUUGCUGGUGCUCCUCGGGCAAAUUAUACUGGCCAGAUAGUGCUAUACCAUGUUAACAAGGAUGGCAAUGUCACAAUUAUUCAGCCUCACAGAGGUGACCAGAUCGGUUCCUAUUUUGGUAGUGUGCUGUGUCCAGUGGAUGUAGACAGAGACACCAUUACAGACGUACUGUUAGUAGGUGCACCAAUGUACAUGAAUGAUGUAAAGAAAGAGGAAGGACGAGUCUACCUAUUUACUAUUACAAAGGGCAUUUUGAAUCAUCACCAAUUUCUUGAAGGCCCUGAGGGUUUUGAAAAUGCUCGGUUUGGCUCAGCAAUCGCAGCCCUUUCAGACAUCAAUAUGGAUGGCUUCAAUGAUGUGAUAGUUGGUUCACCUUUAGAGAAUGAGAACUCUGGAGCUGUGUAUAUCUACAAUGGUCAUCAGAGUACCAUUCGCACGAAGUAUUCCCAGAAAAUCUUGGGAUCUGACCGAGCCUUUAACAGUCAUCUCCAGUACUUUGGGAGGUCCUUAGAUGGUUAUGGAGAUUUAAAUGGGGAUUCCAUCACUGAUGUGUCCAUUGGUGCCUUUGGACAAGUAGUUCAACUGUGGUCACAGAGUAUUGCUGAUGUAUCUGUGGAAGCUUUUUUCACACCAAAAAAAAUCACUUUAUUCAACAAGAAUGCUGAAAUUAUUCUUAAACUCUGUUUCAGUGCAAAAUUUAGACCUACUAAGCAAAACAAUCAAGUGGCUAUUACAUACAACGUCACCCUCGAUGCAGAUCGAUUUUCAUCCAGAGUGACCUCCAGGGGAUUAUUUAACGAAAAUAAUGAAAGGUUCCUGCAGAAGAAUACGGUAGUGAAACAAGCACAGAGUUGCUCUGAGCACACCAUCCACAUACAGGAGCCCUCUGAUGUUGUCAGCCCUUUGGACCUGCGUGUGAACAUCAGCCUGGAGAACCCUGGCACUAGUCCUGCACUUGAAGCCUAUUCUGAGACAGCCAAGGUCUUCAGUAUUCCUUUCUAUAAAGACUGUGGUGAUGAUGGACUUUGCAUCUCUGAUCUAGUUCUCAAUGUUCAACAGCUGCCAGCUGAUCAAAAACAACCCUUUAUUGUCAGCAACCAAAAUAAAAGGUUAGCAUUUUCAGUAACACUGAAAAACAAACAGGAGAGUGCAUACAACACAAGAAUUGUUGCUGCUUUCUCAGAAAACUUGUUUUUUGCUUCAUCUUCCAUGCCGGUUGAUGGGACAGAAGUCACAUGCCAGAUUGAUUCAUCUCAGCAAUCUGUUACCUGCAAUGUAGGAUACCCUGCUUUAAAGAGGAAACAGCAGGUGACUUUUACUAUUAACUUCGACUUCAAUCUUCAAAACCCUCAGAAUCAGGCAUCUGUCAGUUUCCAAGCCUUAAGUGAAAGCCAGGAGGAAAAUAAUGCAGAUAAUUUGGUCACUUUCAAAAUUCCUCUGCUGCAUGAUGCCGAAAUUCACUUAACAAGAUCUACCAGCAUAAAUUUUUAUGAAGUUUCUUCAGAUGGUAAAGUUCCUUCCAUCAUGCAUAACUUUGAAGAUAUUGGUCCAAAAUUCAUCUUCUCUCUUAAGGUAACAACAGGAAGUGUUCCAGUAAGUAUGGCAUAUGUAACCAUCCACAUCCCUCAAUAUACCAAAGAAAAGAACCCACUGAUGUAUCUGAUUGGCAUGCACACAGACCAGGCUGGUGACAUCAGUUGCAAUGCAGAAAUAAAUCCACUGAAAAUAGGACAAGCAUCAUCUUCUGUAUCUUUCAAGAAUGAAAAUUUCCAGCACAUAAAAGAAUUGAACUGUAGAACUGCUUCAUGUGGUAAUGUUACCUGCUGGCUGAAAGACCUUCAGGUGAAAGGAGAAUACUUCGUUAAUGUGUCCACUCGAAUUUGGAAUGGGACUUUUGCAGCAUCAACUUUCCAGACAGUACAGCUGAUGGCAUCUGCUGAAAUUGACACCUAUAAUCCUCAAAUAUAUGUGAUUGAAGAAAACACCGUCACAAUUCCUGUUACGAUAAUGAAGCCUGGUGAAAAAGCUGAAGUACCAACAGGAGUUAUCAUAGGAAGUGUAAUUGCUGGAAUCCUUUUGCUCUUAGCUCUGGUUGCAGUUUUAUGGAAGCUUGGCUUCUUCAAAAGAAAAUAUGAAAAAAUGAGCAAGAAUCCAGAAGAGAUCGAUGAGACAGCAGAACUAAACAGCUGA